AUGUGUGGGCGAAGCAGUGACCAUGCCAGGCAGAGGGAGUCGUUGACUAGAAUCGCGAUUGUGCGGAGAGCCCCUGAACUCGAAGCCGGUCAUGCAAAGCUGUUGAUUCAUGCACAAUCCCCGUGGCCUUUUCGAAGUGGGAUUCUGCGCCAUAGCUUGCUCUUGGUCCUAACCUGUGGAAUCAUGCAGCCUUGCGAUCCUUCUUCGGCAUUCUUCGGCUUCAUGAGGGUUUCCUCCGCUCUGGUGUUCGCCAACUUGGGAGCGGCCUAUGGAACAGCGAAAUCUGGAGUUGGAAUCGCCUCGAUGGGCGUCAUGCGUCCGGACAUGAUCAUGAAGUCCAUCAUUCCGGUGGUCAUGGCCGGUGUACUCAGCAUCUAUGGCCUGAUCACAGCGGUAAUCAUCAACGGCAAGAUGAACGCAGCCAAUUACUCGGCCUGCGCACUUGGGAGCAGGACUUACCGUUGGCAUGAGACGACUCAGGAUUUGUUCAAGAUCAUUGAGAUUUCGUUGUGGCUCCGCGCUCUGGGGCUCUACGGUCUGAUCGUUGGUCUGGUCGUGGCCUCCACAGCUGAAGGGACGGGAAAGGCCUUUGCACACCUUAUGCCUGAGCAUGUGCACUGCGUUUGUGUGAAGGGCGCCCAGGAUGCAGCGAGGAAAACUUUGAGGCUGUCGAAAAGUGGUUCCUCCUUGCUGCAGCCAGCGCCACUGGGUUUGCUUCUUGAGGAGCUGGAGGUUUCAGACCCUUUGCACUAA